GAUCGUCCGAGCCUCUCCGAUCUCUCGGUGCAGGUUUAGUGGGUCAUGGAGGAGGAAGGUAAAUAACGGCACACAGCGGCUGCUUCAUACGGUCAGCGAAGGUUUACGGUUAAAGCGGGGCACGGAGAGACCAGAUAGCCGGCGAGGAGGCUCUACGGUUCGGCUACAGCACCAGCAGCUGUCGGCGUUCUCAGGUGUCUGACUGGGUUUGCCUCAUCCUUGUGUUGCCAUGGCGAUGCGGGAGCUGGUGGAGGCAGAAUGUGGGGGAGCCAAUCCCCUGAUGAAGCUGACUGGUCACAUGACCAAGGAGGGUGGGGCCUGGCGGCACCGAUCCACACCCACUGUUCCUCCGACUCCCAUUGAAAUCGCCACAGAGGAAGAGCUGGUGAACGAGUUCCUGCAGGCGCCUCCUCGGCCUCCUCACACCUUCGACAUGGGCCAGCUGCUGGAGGAGAUGCAGCAGAUCGACCAGCAGAGCUACAGACAGGCUCCUCAGAGAGCUCCAGAUGUGGCAGCCUUGGCUCUCUCUGGUGAUUGGGCGGCAGAGUUCCUGCCCAGCUCUGACUCCGCCUCCACGCCGGGCCUCAUCGCUUUGGGCGAUGCAGCUGAUGCUGAUUGGACGAGAGAGUUUAUCGCUGAGGCAGCAGAUCCUGGACGCUGGGCUGAAGAGUAUCUGGAGCAGUCUGAGGAGAAGCUGUGGCUCGGAGACCUGGGAGACAAAGAGAGCGAAUGGACAAAGGAGUAUCAUCCAGGUGAGGAGCUCCGACAGACGGCCAAUGAGCUCGUCUCAAAGGUGGAUGAUCCAAAGCUACAGAACACUGAGUUCCUGCGGUUCAUUAGGCAGAUUGGCGAGGGCAGUGUGACAGUGGAGAGCAGGACAGACAGACAGCUCACAGAUAGAGCUCAGGCCCGGGAGGCUCAGAACUGGGCCUCCAACCUCAACCAGUUCCUGACGGAGACGGGGGGCGGCAGUCUUCCCCUGGAGCCUCCAGAGAGCAAUGAGAAGAUUGAGAAAGUUAAAGCUAAACAAGCAGAGCAGUGGGCCAAAGUCAUCAGGCAGGUGUCGGAGGAGUCGGCUGAAGCCUGGGUGGACGAGUUUGCGGCGUCGGGGCCGGACUUCCAGCAGGCCAAAGCUGCAGUGGAGAGCGAUGUGGACUUCUGGGAGAAGCUGCAGCAGGAGUGGGAGGAGAUGGCCAAGAGGGAUGCAGAGAGUCACCCCUGGCUGUCCGACUUCGACCAGCUGCUCAGCACCUCCAUUGACAAGGGGUACCAGUUUGAGGAGGAGAACCCGUAUCUGUCCCACCCCGACCCGCUGUCAGAGGGCGUGAAGAGGAUGGAGGCCGGAGACAUCCCCGGAGCUGUUCGUUUCUUUGAAAGUGCUGUUCAGAGAGAACCAGACAACCAGCUGGCGUGGCAGUACCUGGGAACCUGCCAGGCCGAGAACGAGCAGGAGUUUGCUGCCAUCAGCGCCCUCCGCAGGUGUAUAGAGCUGAAGAACGACAACCUGACCGCCCUGAUGGCGCUCGCCGUCAGCUUCACCAACGAAUCGCUGCACAGGCAGGCCUGUGAGACGCUCCGUGAUUGGCUGAAGCACAACCCUAAAUACCGCUCGGUGUGGGAGCAGAGCGAGAGAGACCGAAAGGACGGAGGCCGGGAGAAGGAGAAGGAGAAGGAGAGGUUCGGAUCGCUGCUGCCAGAAUCUCUGCUCACGGAUGUGCAGACUCUGUUCCUGCAAGCAGCGAACUCGGACCCGGCCCAGGUGGACCCUCAGCUGCAGUGUGGUCUGGGAGUCCUGUUCAACCUGAGUGGAGAGUACGACAAGGCGGUAGACUGCUUCAGCGCCGCUCUGUCCGUCACCCCGCAGGACUACCUGCUGUGGAAUAAACUGGGAGCCACGCUGGCCAACGGCAGCCGCUCCGAGGAGGCCGUGGCUGCCUACCGACGAGCUCUGGAGCUGCAGCCAGGCUUCGUCCGGAGCCGCUACAACCUGGGAAUCAGCUGCGUCAACUUAGGAGCUCACAGAGAGGCGGUGGAGCACUUCCUGGAGGCCUUGUCUCUGCAGCGGCAGGCGGCCGGGGACGGAGCUCGAGCUGCUCGGGGGCCCGGAGGCGCCGCCGCCACCAUGAUGUCCGACAACAUCUGGUCCACGCUGCGCAUGGCGCUGAGCAUGAUGGGAGAGAGCUCGCUGUACGGCGCCGCUGACCGCAGAGACCUGGAUGCUCUGCUGGCCCACUUCUGCCAGAGGGAGGUGGAGGGAGGCAGCCAAUGAGGGGCCGCUGGGGGGCCGAUCGAGUGUGAGUGUGGCUUACAUGGAGCUCAGUGUUUGGACGCACGGAGGACGACACUGUGAUCAUCAUCAGCCUCAGCACCAUCAGCAUCAUCAGCACCAUCACCUGUUCCCACAGCAUCAGUGUCCUCCUGCAGGUUCUGUCCCGGUAUCUUCUCUGGUGGGUCAGUGAAAUCCACUUUCCGUUUGAAGCUUGAAGGUGAAUGGAGAAGCAUGAACCUGUUCAGCAGCUCCAGGAUUCUGUCCACUGCAGGAGCCUUCACAGGAUCGGCUCUAGAACCUUUCAGUGUUUGUGUUUCCACUGUGGAACCAGCAGAGACCAGAACCAACAGUUACUGGACAAAAAUCUAGUUCUAGUGAGUUUAACCGGUCAGCAUUGAGACCCAUACAGCCGCUUAGAGGGACAGCCAUGAAUCCAUUCGUCCAUCAGUUGUCAACUAAUUAAUCAAUUGUCAGAUAUUCCAACAAUCGAUUGAUCAGUUCAAGUCAUUUUUAUUACAUUCAGUCAGAACUCUGGGUUCAGCUCCUCCAGUCUGAAGGUUCUCUGGGUUCUCUCCUCUGUGACACUAAGCUGAACAUCUCUGGACUGAACCAGACGUUGGAGGAAACUCUGACCCACGUUUUAGACACAGCAGCUGAUCGGAUCACAUUUACUGCUUUCUUUGAGAUCUUUACUGAUUUUCAAUUUAAUUUUGCCGAUUUUAGACGAUUUAGUCUAAAAAUGGUGAAAUUCAUGCAGCCGUACAAUAAACUGCCAGAAAAACAGUUUUGUUUCCCCGUUUGCUCCGUUUCACUGAAACAUUAACACUUCUGUGCAGUCUGAGGUUCCACAGGGCCGGUUCCACACAGAGGUUCUGGGCUGAGGUUCCACAGGGCCGGUUCCACACAGAGGUUCUGGGCUGAGGUUCCACAGGGCCGGUUCCUGCGGUCAGAACACUAACGGGUCCAGGUGUGAAGGUUCCUGCAGUGGAAGACGGGCUGAUGUUCUGUGUUUGUGGACCACACUCGGGGCUCUCCGGUCCCUGUAUCAGUUUCUCUGCAGUAGGUUUAAGGUACAUUCAGAGGUUCUGCCAGAACUCUGAGCAGCAGCAGCGACUUCAGAAACACAAAGUGCUUCACUUCUGUUUUAUACUUUAUUUAAUUUUGUAGUAAAAUCAUUAUUCUGCCGGAACAAAGAAGUGACAGCUGUGUGUGUGUGUGUGUGUGUGUUGACUGGAUGAUUGAUUGGAUGAUUGAUUGGAUGAUUAUUGAGUGGAUGAUAAACGUGCUUCUGGUUCGUUUCUUUUCUUAUUGCUCCUGUAAACUCUCUGCUUCAGUGUAAAUGGAUGCCGUCUGCUUUACUGUGUAUUGUAACAUAAUUGAUGCACUAUAAUUGUUUUCAGGUGACUUGUAUCCUGACUGCAAUGUUUAAUAUAAUAUUCAGCAAUAAAGCUUUGAUUCCAGA